ACGCCUUCAGCCCUACUAGUUAUUCGUGGUUCAUUUGGACGUCAUGUCUGGGCUUGCCGAAUGCGCAUGAGGCCCUACAUCUCUGCCAUCCAAAAGCUACAGACUAAUUCAACUUCUCCUACUGCCCACUUAGCUUCCCAACUGACGCCAUCACGACCAGCCCCCUGGGGCAGCGUACUCCAGGACUGUUGUGUUCGCCCACUGCCUCAUCCCAGCUACCUAGACGCCGAUCAACUAGCUCUUGUGUUUCCUUCCAGUGUGAAGGAUAUCCCCCUCACUAAGGCGUAA